AUGAUUUUGAUUUCUUUUUUCUCGUCCUUUUCUGAGUCAUCCAUGAUGGCCCUUAGCAAUUCCAGCCGGAGUCUCCUCCAUCCUUCUUUUUUCCUAAUCGGCAUCCCUGGUUUAGAGGAAAGCCAGCACUGGAUAGCAUUGCCAAUGUGUGCCCUUUACCUUUUUGCUCUAGUGGGCAAUGUCACCAUCCUUUUUAUCAUCUGGACUGAUGCAUCCUUGCACCAGCCUAUGUACCUCUUUCUGGCUAUGCUAUCUGGCAUUGACCUGGUCCUGGCCUCCUCUACGGCACCCAAAAUGCUUUCAGUGCUCCUGGUUGAUGCCCAUGAGAUUGGGUAUACUUUCUGCCUGAUCCAGAUGUUCUUCAUCCAUGCAUUCUCUUCCAUGGAGUCAGGUGUACUUGUGGCUAUGGCUCUGGAUCGCUAUGUAGCCAUAUGUCACCCUCUGCACCAUUCCACCAUCCUAUAUCCAGGGAUCAUAGGACGCAUUGGAGUGGCAGUGCUACUGCGAGGAUUGGUCCUCCUGCUCCCUUUCCCUAUCCUACUGGGGAGACUUAUCUUCUGUCAGGCCACUGUCAUAGGUCAUGCAUAUUGUGAACAUAUGGCUGUGAUAAAACUUGCUUGCUCAGAAACCACAGUGAACCAAAUGUAUGGGUUGGCAGUGGCACUGCUUGUGGUUGGACUAGAUGUCCUUGCCAUUGGUAUUUCCUAUGCCCUUAUCCUCCAGGCAGUGCUUAAGGUACCAGGGCGUGAGGCCCGAUUAAAGGCCUUUAGCACAUGUGGGUCUCAUAUUUGUGUCAUCCUGAUCUUCUAUGUUCCUGGAAUGUUUUCCUUUCUCACUCACCGUUUUGGCCACCAUGUACCCCAUCACAUCCACAUUCUUCUGGCUACACUCUACCUCCUUUUGCCCCCUGCACUCAAUCCAAUUGUCUAUGGUGUGAAGACUGUGCAGAUCCGCCAGCGAGUAAUCAAGGUGUUGUACAUAAAAGGGUAG